UGCGCAGCACAAGACCAAGAGAUAUUCCUGAAAAUAUGCGAAGAACGAAGAAGACGCUUGGGCACGAUAGGGAGUAAAGAGUCUCAAAAUGCAAUGGGCAAGAAGUCAGAGUCAUGGAGAGAUCUCCAGCCAGCGCUGCAACAGCCGGAGACAGCAUAUCUUCAAGAACUGAACCCGUUAAUCGAGACAUUCCUCCAGAGCAACUCCAAAGAAUCAAGCAAAACCUUUUGGAAUGCAAGACAUCAAACCAUGCUGCACGUCGAGGUUCUCGGGGCGAGGAACCAGGCAACACCAUCAUCCGAGGACUGAUCACACAGCCAGGAGGGUGGCGCCUGGAAGGAUACAAAAACAUCGAGCAAUUCCUCCCCAUGAGAUUGGCAAGAGAUCUAGAAGAUGAAACCCACACGGCAACCUUCUUUGCAGUCAACGGAUGUACCAUGAACGGAACCUGUGCAAGAGCUGAAUGUCAAACAAAAGGACGACUGAUCCCGUUAUAUGACAAAAGCCAGAAAAACGAAGAAGCAUCAAUCCUCUUCUUCCGCUGGAGCCAGGCGAGAUCCAAGUAUGGAUUCAAAAACUGGCCAACCGGAAAGCAGCAGGCAUGGAUUUGAUUUCAAACGAGAUUCUGAAAGCUCUGCCUGACAGUGCAAAGGAGGAAAUAGGCAAGACAAUCAGCCGAGCCUUGAUCGGAGACAAGCAAACACUAAAGAUGCUCGCGAGAGUUAGGCUAUAUGCGUCCUCUCCUCGAUAACGAGGAUCUUCCAGGCAGUCAUAGCGCACAGACUCGACUUUGCAAACUUC